AUGGCAAACGUCGCGUCGCAUCCGACCGCCGGGGUUCCUCUGGCGUUGACGUCAGGGGAUCGAUCUUCCUCCGCGUUUUUGCGAGAGAGGAAGAAGGAAAUGCAAACCGCCGCGAAAUUGCUCCUCGGAAAAGACGCGAUAAAGUUAUCCAGCGACUGGGGACCGGCGAAUUUGAACUUGAGUUUAGAUGUCGUGGAUAUUUUCGCGAAUAACUAUAACAUUUUCGAGCCGGAAGUGAGAAGAGGGUUCUUUUACGCGCUGUUUUUCACCCGAGGGCUGAAUUCCACCGCCGUCCAAGGGAAAUCGUCCUCGAAAACGUCGACGACGAAUUCAAACGUUUUUGACGCGGUAAUUGAAUUGGGCGCGAAAGAUCAAGAUCAGUGGGUGCAAGCGAUUUCAAAAGCGAUCAAGAGUAGAAAAGAGAAAGAAAAUGAAGAGAGCGUGUCGGUUGUGGACGUGAGUGCGUUUGUAGAAAGCGUGCCCGUUGUCUCGGACGCGCUGAAGAGCAUUCGAGAGAAGUUGAAGAGUCUCAUCGAUCGCGAGGAGACGAAGAAGAUGACUGGCGGCGAUGAAGAGAAAGAAAAAGACGCGUUAUUUUCGACGUUCAACAACGUCUACGCGCCGUUAGAGAGCUCGUAUUUGAACAGCAGUAGAACUACCACUCGUGGUAGUAACUCCGAUCAAACGACCUCGACGAGUAAUAAACACUUCACGCUGAAAAAGUUGGAGAAACCGAGAAGAAAGUCGUACCUCGAAGUGAGCGCGAAACGCGUCAAUCGGUUCGGGGACGUCAUUUCGAACGUCGAUUCGUCGACGACGGGUGCAACCACCACCGGUUCAACUGCCAUCGUUUCUAAAUCUCUCGAGAGCUCGUUUCAGCAGCAACAGCAACAAAUGAAACCAAAGUCGUCCUUCUUACUCGACACCAAGAAGCGCACAAUUUCCUCGCACGGCUACCAAGUUUCGGGAACGAAACGUACGUUCGAAAACCGCGAUGGGUCUGCGAAAGACAUGGAAAAAGAGAAAGAAAUUAGACUGCAACGACUGAAGCUCAUAAAAGAAAAGGAAGCCGAGAGGAAACGGGUGGCGGAAGAGGAGAUGAAGAAGAGGCGCGAAAAUUACAAAGCUUCCGUCGAGGCGAAGAAACGCGCCUUGGACAUUCAAGAAAAGUCAAAAACGACCAUCAUCUCCACGCCAAGUCCGUCCGAUCGAACUUAA